AUGGACGGAACUUUGAAACUCCCUCUAACGAUAAUUGGCAAGUCGAUUAAACCGCGAGCGCUGAGAAACGUGAAAGUGCUACCAGUAUACUACAGGACAUCCAAAAACGCUUGGAUGACUCAAUCCCUAUUCAAAGAAUUGUUUUUCGGUCAAUUUGUACCCCAUGUCUCCAGCUUCCUUAAAGCCAAAGGGCUUCCAAUAAAAGCGGUUCUUGUGUUGGACAAUUGUUCGGCACCCUUCAGUGGAGAUGAAUUGAAAACUGAAGAUGGGUCGAUUUACACUACGUUCUUACCACCUAAAACUACUGCUGUGAUCCAACCCAUGGAUCAAAAUAUCAUUCGAAUAAUUAAGAUUCGGUACAGAAACCUUAUGAUGCGAGGAGGAGAAUUUGAGGAAAACGGAAGGAAAAUAAAUAUUAAGGAUGCAAUGUAUUGGGUGACUCAAGCGUGGGAACAAGUUCCCGCAGACGCAAGAAGGAAGUCGUGGAACAUGCUCUACAACCCUGAUGAAAUCGAGGACGAGGAUGAUUUACCACUAUCUCUACUUAGAGAAAAGCUGGUGAAUAUUGCGGAGAGGAUCGAAACAACAGAUUUCAUUGACGAGGAAGAUGCUGAAUACGAAACGCUGGAGGAUGACGAAAUUGUUGCAGGCAUUAUUAACCCUCCUCAAGAGGAAGGUAACUCCUAUGCUGGCGAAGACUCUACUCUGCCAACAGUGGAUGUUACAUCACAGUCUGUGAGUUUUGGUGAGGAUGAUGAGUAUUCUAAUGUUUCAGACGAGCUGUGUUGA